GCCACAGUCGGGUUGUGCUCUGUGCGACAGGUACGCCGAGACACCACGUGAUCAUUUGAAUGGCCGGGGGCAGGUGCACUUCGCUGCUAUUGUGACGUCACCGGUACUGACAUACAAACGUCGAACACCCUGACGAUUCAGCUUCGUCAAAAUUCAAAUUCUGGCAGUUGAGAAAGCACCCAGCACCAAAGUCUUGCUGUCUGUUCAUGGAAAAUGUUAUCCGCGCGCCUAAUCUUUGAAUCCACGUAUUGACGCUGUUUGCUCCGGCAGAUAGCGAGGCAGGUGGCGGGGUAGUCUCCUCCCGAGGCACAAGCUGUUACCUCCCAUGCUGUUUACAGCUAAGUGCAAAGAAGCAGAAACAAACUGUAUCUGUACAAUCGGUGGAGCUUCAUUUGAGGCUGGCUCAGGCCCCAGUCGGGCGGCCCCUAGAGUUGAAGUAGGAGAGACGUUGAUAGGAGCAGUUCAACUCCAGGAGACUGGUAUCACAAGGUGUGUGGGAGCACUGGCCUUCCUUCUACGUGUCGAGUCUGGCGCACUUAUAUUUACUUGGCGAAGCCUGUACCACCAGCAAGCUAGUGAGGCAGAGAGAAGACAACCUGCUCACCCAUCGUUGACUUCCAGAAUCAGGAACAAAUCUUUCGUCUUACUGACUUUAUAGAAGAAAAACCCACCGCCAUUACACUCUUGAAGGAGCUGAAAGCAGAAUUUGAUAUUACCUUCAGAGACCAGUUCUGUGUCAAAGCUGGAAAACAACAAAAUGAACAACACAAGCAACACUGAAGCGGAUCCUUAUGACUACUACUACAACAUUUACACACUGUAUUACGCCUCCUACAUCUGGGUCCUCGCAGCCGUUGGCGUCCCUGGUAACGUGGCCUGCAUCAUGACAAUCGCUACAAUGACCCUCACCACGGCCACCUUGUACGUGGUGCUGUUGGCGGCGGCAGACCUCGCAGCUCUGGUACUCAAGGUAAUCUUUCACCAACUGAGCUAUCAUAGAAUACCGGAAAAUACCUUUAUCUGUAAAGGGGAUGUGUUUGUUCAGGUAGUCAGCUGCUAUGCUAACUGGAUGCUCGUCCUCAUCUGCUUUGAGAGGUUUCUAACCGUGUGCUAUUUCCUGAGAAAAAAUACUUGCUUCACGAUAAAAAGAGCCAUUGUCAUUGCCGUCUUACUUGGAGUGACCCUGUUUUUGUGUUUUCUGUAUGGAUUCAUUAACAUGGACAAGGCAAAAGCGGGAUACUGUUCGUACCCGGAGCAUGCUCAGGAGUUUGUCAUCACCUACUGGCACUGGAUUGUAGCCUCCAUUUACUUUUUUCUUCCCUUCACCCUGCUCGCCAUCUUUACCAGCCUCAUCCUCGUCCGUCUCAGGCGGCAACGAAAGGCGAGCGAGGCCAUCGGGGAGACAACUGAAAACACAAGGGAGAGAAGCCAAAUGCGAGUUGAACUGCCCAUCUGUAUCAUGAUGGUGUGUGCCGCUAUUGUCUUUCUGGUACUAACAUUGCCGACCUGCAUCUAUCAUCUGAUUGUAGCAUGGAAGAAGAUCAACGUAGACACCCCACAACAAUGGUUUGCUUGGGCAAUGUUCCAACAGCUUGCCAUAAGCUUGUCUGAGGCCAACCACGCAGUAAACUUCUAUAUUUAUUUCCUGUCUGUACGGAUGUUCCGGUCUCGUUUCAAACAGCUGAUGAUGAAACUUUUUUAGGACAGAGAACUACCAACGAAGGUGAGGUUGUAACACAACAUUCGCUGCUACAAGAGCACACAGUGAAUGAAACAACUAUGUGAGAGUACAACAGGAGGACUGACUGAGUUAUUGGUGAAGAAAUCGUGUACCUUCUACCCCUGGUCAACUGGCGAGUCCAAGGAAGAUUAAAUGAGAGAAAAAAAACAUUGAUACAAAACUCCUUUCCCUUUCACGCAAAAUGAUAUUGUAUGUAACAUUGUAUAAGAAAUCUUGAGAAAUUUGGACACAACAGGAGGCAAGAAUAAAUAAAGAAGGAAAUAAAGAUAACAAAAGCAAAGACGGAAUAAAAGUAAAGAAAGAUGGGGACUCUUACCAAACACGAUUCUACAAAAGAGUUAACACACGACAUAGCCGCAAGGAAAACUGUAAACAAACUUGUUUGCAUAUUCGGGAAGACAGAAGAUAAAAAUAACGAGGAGCCAUUUGAAAUGAUGGCAAGAAGUAUUAAAAAUUUCGAUUUUUUUUUUUAGAAUUAAUCUCUAGUGUUACAUUAUGAGUAUGCCUCUCAAUAUCCAUUAUUAUUUAUGCUUUACAAGCCAUUUCGUAUGCAUGGAAGAUUUUUAUUUUUUUAAAUAUAACAAAGUAAAAUAUUUCAGGUACAUCUAAUUGCAUGUUGCAAAUAAUUGAAAUUAUGUUAAGCAUUGUUUGUUUGUGCAGAUGCAGUUUUUACAAGAUAUGCUUUUGUAGGCCAUGUAAAGAUUUUUACAACUGACUUAUAACAUUGUUAUUAUUUGACAUAAAUUUUGAAUAAAACCAAGGUUUGAAUUAUAGAGGUACAGUUCGAUUUCACUGAAAACUAGUCGGUCAUGUAAAUACAGAUUUUGUUUGCCAUUAAUUUGUUGAGCACGUGCUCUUUGUAUUGAUGUGAUUAAUGUUACAACUUUUUACAGUUAUCACAUUGUUAAUAUUAGGCCUGAGAGCGACUUUUUGAAUGAAAACGGUUUAUUUCGUUUAGACUGAUGAUCUUCCCGUUAUGUUUCGUCUUUCCUUUAGACAGGGAUGUGGUCUUUGUAUGAAAAUGUGAAAGAUCAUAAAAUAUCUCAUCUUUAUUGUCCGUAUUAGCUUGUGCAAGUUUUACAUGUGAGUGAAAACACGGACCAGGAAAUGCAAAAAAUAAUUUAAUAAUUUAGUUUAAAUAAAUAAUCGCUUCAGAUGUAAUUACUAUAACUCAUUGGUACAUUUAUCUCUUUGAAUAUACACACUUCCUUUUUUGUUUUCCUUUUCUUGAAGAUGUCUUUGUCUGUGACCUAUCUACACUCUGUGAUAUUUAUUUGUGGCGGCAUGUGUUUGAAAAUGUUUUAAUAAAUGGCAUCAAUGUUCAUUAAAACUAACUCGCGGCCCAUUUACUCAACAAGUAACAAGGGAUCAACUAAACAUAAACUUUAAUACGUAUCUCAGCAACAAACCUAAACAUCUGUACAGAUUUCUCACAUGUUUGGUGUUUUUGUUGCGGGUGGUUACAUUUGUCGGAAACUUUAGAGUAAUGUGUACAUAAACAUAUUCUGUUGUCUAAAAAGGCUGUUAGCUUUUUUCUGUAUUGCUAUUGUUGUAUUAAGCUGUUAUACUUACGACUGUUACAAAUACAAUUACAAAAAUUUGCAGUACAUUUUCUAAUAAAGAGUUAUAUCAUAUAAGUAAUCUCA